GUCCAUCUACUUGCCCUAUUUACGUUUACCUUUCAGCUAAACGUCACGGAAUGCUCAGGCAAGCCACAUCUCGCUUUCUCUCGUCUACCCACCGUUCUAUCCGACCUCUCUCUACCACUGCUCCCUCCUUCAUUCGUAUUCGCUCCCAGGCUUCCGAACCUUCUCCCGCUGAGAGGCCCCCUCCUGUUCCCGAGAAUGUCAAUCCUUCGCAGCCCUUUGAGCCUGAAGUGAGCAAGUCUGAGGGUACCGCCAAGGCUGCGGAGACCCAACAGGCUGAAGAACCUGCUUCUGCCGGUACCCCACUCACUCCUCCUCAACCCGAGGUCGUCUUUGGUAACACACAUUCCGCCGCCUCCACCACCCCGGAGACGGAGCCCAACGUUGAGAACCCUGACUACUCUAAGCUUCCUUCCUUGGAUAUUGACCAGGAAGCUGCCGCCAUUUCCGAACCAGCUACUGGGAAGGAUCAGGAGGUAGAAGGUGGUGAAAGGAAAAAGACAGGCGCCGGUAAGAAGGAGUAUGUGAGCUCGCAAGAGAAGUCUAGGAGGAUGUGGAUCCGGGCUGGGUAUGGUGCGUUGGCGGUUGGUGCUGUUGGAGCUGUUUUAGCGAUGGGAAAUGACGAGACAACUGGCAAGAAACAGGGAGGAUUCGUUGAAACUUUCCAAAAUAACAUGCUUGAGCUUUUCGACUUUUUCAACAAGCCUGCUUUCCAGACUCUUCUUCCCGAUCCUCUUCCUCCUCCACACCAACGCCCUUAUACCCUCUGCAUUGACCUUGAAGGACUCCUUGUGCAUUCCUCGUGGGAUAGGACUCACGGCUGGAGGACCGCCAAGCGACCCGGUGUCGAUUACUUCCUCGGCUACUUGUCACAGUUUUACGAAAUUGUCCUCUUUUCUAGUCAGCCUCUUUAUACCGCAGCCCCUAUCGCGGAGAAGAUCGACCCUUACCAAGCGUUUAUGCCCUACCGUCUCUUCCGUGAAUCUACUCGCUCUGUCAAGGGUAAAGUCGUCAAGGACAUCUCUUUCCUUAACCGUGACCCUUCCAAGGUGAUCGUUUUGGAUGUUAACCCUGAGCAUGUGGCUUUACAACCCGAGAACGGUAUCGUGCUCCAGCCUUGGAAUGGCUCCCCUGGGGAUAAGGGCUUGGUGGAUAUGAUCCCUUUCCUCGAGUCGAUCGGUAUUUUCAACCCUGCGGACGUCCGCCCAAUCCUCCAAGCCUACGCCGGCAAGGAUAUCCCCAUCGAAUACGCUAAAAAGGAAGCCGAAGCCAAAGCUAAGGCCAUCGAGGAAUGGGAGAGAGCUCACCCUACCGCUAUCACUGGUGCUGGGAGCGGAUUUUUGAGUAGCAUUUUCGGUAGUGUCGCUGCGCCCGGAUCAUCUCGGCCGAAUCAGCCUAUGACAUAUCUCGAGCAGAAACGUGCCCAGGCGCAGAGGAUCUAUCAAGAGGAGCAAAAAUACUGGGCUGAACAUGCUGACGAGUUCAAGAAGUUGAUCGAGGAAGACAAGCAGCGACAGUUGGCGGAGAUGAAGGGUUCCAUCUUGGGUUACUUGGGUGCGCCUAAAAUGCAGGACGGACCGAAGGAGGAAGUCCUGAAGGCAUAAGUUUUCAAGACAACAAGGCUACAGUAUCCGCCGGGAAAGUCGUGGGUUCUGCUGUACAAAUAGUGUGAGGCAGCGAUGACACGAAUGAAGACGUCUUGAGCAUGGAAGUUUAAAGAGCACACUCUCAAAAACGAUUAGUCGGUCAGAACCGGGGGAGACGAAGUUGCGAAGUGGUCACUUCUAUAGCAAGAAGUCAAAAUAUUGGUCUUUCUUCAGUUAUGCAUAUAUG